AUGGCAAAACAUAACAUUAGCCUUCUGAUUGCCAUGGUGCUGGCUUUGAUUUUCUUCAUUAUUACCAUGGUGUUCAACGUUCUGGCAGGCCCGGGAAUAUAUCCAUUUUUGUCGACCACUGGUAAUGUUUCGGAUGAGUUUGAAACCGAGAUCACGCCAGCAGGAUGGACCUUCGCCAUUUGGUCAAUCAUUUACACCUUUCUGGCUUUAGUGUUGCUCUACCUCUUCUCCGGCAUCUUUCGGAAGAACGUCUAUGGUUACGUCUACUGCAGCCCUGCUGUUUUGCCACACGGAUUUUACGUGGCUUGGUGCUUGAACCUGGGCUUCAACACUGGAUGGUUGUUCCUGUGGGACAGAAAGUUGAUUCCUGCUGCCCUGGCUUUCCUCAUCCUGAUCGCCUUGACUAACUACAUCAUGAUAUUCUUCUCCUGCUUUGGUCUCCAUAACUACGGAGCCUGGCUCAACAAAUACCACCAAGCAGACCUGUGGCUCCACCGUGUCUUGAUUCAAAAUGGAGUUGCCAUCUAUGCAACAUGGACAACCAUCGCAUCCCUCGUGAACCUGGCUGUUGUGCUGAAAUACAAUGCAAACAUGUCCCAGGCGGACGCCGCCACUGUCUCUCUCGCUGUUCUGGCUGUAGUGUUAUUUGUGUGGUUUAUUCUGGAAAACAUUGUCUUGGACAAACAUGUGCGGUACAUCCUUGUCAUCUACCCUGUUGUGAUCUGGGCUCUGGCUGGAAACCUGGACAAAAACUAUGACGCCGAAUCACCUACUCGCAACGGCAUCUUCAUUGCUGCGCUGUUGGCUUCAGCCUCUGCGCUGUUCAUCACACGGAUUGGCUUGGUGAUUUGGAGACACAUCAAACAGCCACUUUACGAAGAUGUCAGCCCUGACGCCAUGGAACCGAUGGAGAUUGCUAAGAAGCAGAAGAAGAUAUUUUGCUAA